AUGGAGCUGAAAAACAUGAUCUUCGAGAAGGAAGAAGGAGACUACGAAUUGAUCUACAGGAUCUUUGACGGAGACGAAGUAGUAGCUAUGAAGUUCACUGUGGGGAGAGACGGGCAAUCGUUCUUGGGCGAGUACUCGCAAGGAGUGGAUGAGAUGUAUGGGAGUGAGGUGUUCCAGUCGACGGACAACUUGACAUGGGGGGGUUGGUCAUAUCCAUUGCGGAAAUGCCUGCUGUGGUUGAACACAAGCAAUGCCUUCUAUUCCCUGAGAGGAGACGACACCCGUGUUGAGGACAUUUUCGUCGGUUUCUCUGAGAAUGUGUGA